CCAGAGUACAAGGGCAAGCAGCUCGUCGCGAUCAAGCGCAUGAAGAAGGCGUUUGAUGGCGGCUGGGACGAGUGCCUCAAGCUCAAAGAGCUCAAGUCGCUGCGCCGGAUCCCGAUGCACCCGAACAUCAUCCCGCUCUACGACGCCUUCCUCCUGCCGACAACGCGCGAGCUGUACUUCGUGUUCGAGUGCAUGGAGGGCAACCUGUUCCAGCUCACCAAGUCGCGCAAAGGUCGACCUCUCGCGUCGGGCCUCAUCGCGUCCAUCUUCUACCAGACGCUCGCCGGCCUGCACCACUGCCACGGGCACGGCUACUUCCACCGCGACCUCAAGCCCGAGAACCUUCUCAUCACGACGACCGGCCUCGCCGACUAUCCGGCCUCGUCCCUGUACGCCCUCCCCGGCGCACCGCCCGAGAAGGACGUCAUCGUCAUCGUCAAGCUCGCCGACUUUGGCCUCGCGCGCGAGAUCGCCUCGAGGCCGCCCUACACCGAGUACGUCUCGACC